UUGAGUGGCUGGUCAAACCACAAAAUAAUAUUACUCCAUUGCCAAUUUGCAAAAAAGAAAAACAAACAAAAGUUAUUGCCUUGCACAAAGGCUAAAGCCAACUUUGAGCACUUUAAAGUUCCAAACUUCUAGCAGAAAACCAAACUCCUCAAUGGCACCUAUGCAGCAAAUUAAGGUGCUCGAAUGUUGCCAAGUUUCGCCACCAUCAGGUUCGGUUCCAUCAACUAUUUUGCCAUUAACAUUCUUAGACAUACCUUGGCUUCUUUUCUCCCCAAGUCAACCCCUUUUCUUCUAUGAUUUCCCUCACACAACUUCUCAUUUCAAACAAACAAUUCUAUCCAACUUCAAAACUUCCCUUUCUUUCACACUCCAAUAUUUUUUCCCUUUAGCUGGCAAUCUAACAAUACCACCACAACCAGCUUUACCACACCUUAGCUACACCUCAGGUGACUCUGUUUCAUUAACCAUAGCAGAGUCCACAGCUGAUUUUAACAAACUCUCAGGCUACAACCAAAGGAGUGUUCAAGAUUUUCAUCAAUUAGUCCCUCAAAUGCCAAAAAUUUGUGACUUGCCAGGUGUUGACCAAGAGUCAAAGUACUCACUUUUGGCUGUCCAAAUAACUAUCUUUCCUGAAUGUGGGAUUUCUAUUGGAUUCUCUCUACGUCACGUGGCUGCAGAUGAAAGGACAUUCAACAAUUUCUUGAAGAUAUGGGCUGCUAUUUUUAGAACGGGACUAGAGUUGUACUUGCCUGUGUUGAACAAGAAUUUACCGUAUUAUGAUAGGUCAGUAAUUCAUGACAUUAAUGGACUUGAACCAAUCUUGUGGAAACAAUGGUGGAACCAAAUAUGUUUGCCAAAAUUCCUAGUUGAUAAUUUUAGUGACAUGGUAAGGUCCACAUUUGUAAUGGGUCGACCCGAGAUGGAGGUUAUCAAAGGAUGGAUCGUGUCUAGGUCCGAGAAAGUAUUCGGGUCAGUCCAAUUGCUUCUUUCCCCCUAUGUGAUAACAUGUUCAUAUAUUUGGAUGUGCUGGUUGAAAGCUAACAUGCAACAUAUUGAAGAUCCAAUUGAAAAAACGGAGCUCCAUUAUUUCGGUUUCAUAGCGGGCGGUAUAACCCGGUUGGGUUACCCAGUGCCUGUAACUUAUGUAGGUAAUUGCAUUGCAUUUGGUAGAGCAAUGGCAAGGAGAAAUGAGUUAUUGGGAGAGAAUGGUAUAGUUUUUGCUGCAAAAGCAAUUGGGGAUACAAUAAAAGAAUUGGAUAGGAAUGUGUUGGGUGGGGUAGAAAAUUGGAUUUCGGAUUGGAAUGUGUUCCGUGGAUCGGGGCUCCAUAUAACAGUAACCGGGUCACCUAAAGUGGAUCUUUACACAUUGGAUUUCGGGUGGGGCAGACCCAGAAAAAUUGAAGAAAUAUCAAUAGAUAGAACAGGUAGUGUGUCUCAAUGUGAAAGCAGAGAGAUGGUUGGUGGAAUAGAGAUAGGUUUGGCUCUUCCAUUGGCAAAAAUGGAAGCCUUUCGAGUUCUAUAUAAUGAAGGUCUCAACAAUCUUCCCUAAAUCUCUUUCAAGAGACACGAGUUGGCUUGAGUUCCUGUUAUAAUAUGGUUACUAGAAUUAUUUUAAAUAACCUCCAUUUUCAACCAAGAGGUUGUGAGUUCGAGUCACCCUAAGAGCAAGGUGGGAGUUCUUGGAGGGAAGGAUGCCG